GCUUCACCACGAUUUCCCCAAGUUCUCUCAUACACACGCGACAGACACCAUGGCCAACCGCGGCAAGACCUACGACCCCAAAGUCCUCACCAUCGCCGACCUGGCGAUGGAGGCACAGAAACGCCUACCCCCGGUGGUGCGAGACUACUUCAACGAAGGCGCCGGCGACCUCAUCACCCUCCGCGACAACGAAGCCGCCUACACCCGCUACAAGCUCAUCCCGCGCAUCCUCCGCGACGUCUCCCACCUGGACACCAGCACCACGCUCUUCGGCCAGAAAAUCGCCUUCCCGUUCGGCUUCUCGCCGGCCGCAGCACACAAACUGGCCCACAUCGACGGGGAGGUCGGCACCUCGCGCGCCGCCGCGGCGCACAAUAUCCCCAUGGCGCUGUCCUCGUGGUCGACCUCCAGCAUCGAGGCGGUGAUUGGGGCCAGUGCAGGGAAAGGGAAUCCGUAUAUCAUGCAGGUCUCGUUUUUCCAGGAUCGCAGCAUUACGGAGCGGGUGAUUCGGGCUGCGGAGGAAGCAGGCUACAAAGCUCUCUUCGUGAGCGUCGACCUCCCCAUCCUGGGCAACCGACUGAACGAAUCGCGCAACAACUUCAACUUCCCGCCGCACCUGAAAUUCCCCGUGCUGGCCGGGGCGGCGGAGAUGGGGUUGGAGGAUACGUAUGAACGGGGUUACGACGCAAGCAUCGACUGGACCGACACCAUCGCCUGGCUGCGCCAACACACCAAACUUGAGCUGUGGCUCAAGGGCGUCUACGCGCCGGCUGACAUCGAGCUGGCCAUCCAGCACGGGGUCGACGGGAUCCUCAUCUCCAAUCACGGCGGCCGGCAGCUGGACGGGGUGCCGGCCACACUGGAUGCGCUGCGCGUGUGUGCCCCCGUCGCGCGCGGCCGCAUCCCGCUCGCGGUGGAUGGAGGGAUUCGUCGCGGGUCGGAUGUGUUUAAGGCGUUGGCGCUCGGGGCGUGUUGCUGUUUUGUGGGGAGGAUUCCCAUUUGGGGGUUGGCGUACAAUGGGCAGCAGGGGGUGGAUUUGGCGAUUCGCAUUAUCUACGAUGAGUUUUGUCGCACGAUGAUGCUUGCGGGAUGUCAGACGAUUGCCGAUAUCACGCCGGAGCAUUUGGCGGUCUUGGAGAGGGGGGUGUUGGCCAAGUUGUAGCAGGCUAGGGAAGAUCAGCAGGAUGAUUUUG